UCAGUUCAAAAAAAAAGAUCUAUAACACCAGCAAAUAAAAAAGCUCUAGCUUUUCUUUUCAUUGUUUCUUUUGCAUCGUUGUUAUGAUGUAUUCACUUCUCAAUGAAACAAGAAACUGUCAAGUGUGCAAGAAAUCGUUUCCAAAUGGGAGAGCUCUAGGAGGUCACAUGAGGUCUCACACAAGGACACUUUCGGCAUCAAAUGGCUCGACCGUUCCAUCGCUGAAGAUACCAACCAAACUCGGAGAAAACAUCAGACUUAAUGAAACAGUUUUGAUGAGAUCUGUCCACGCGAGCGAAGUUGGUCGUCCAGAACCAGAUCUAAAGAGAGAAGAAGGUGGACAACAAAUAACAUGCAAGAGAAAGAUCGUCGUGGAUUUAGAUGAGUGUCAGAGUCCUUUAACAGCUGUUGAAGAAGCUGCUUUGGUUAUUGUAGCAAUGUCUAAGGGAGAGAGACCAGCAAAUUCUCAGAAUUGGAAUGCGAUUGACCGCUUGUUAUCAACUCCAAAUGAAAAAGAAGAAUAUACUCGAAAGUCUAUCGAUAUAGAUUCUGAUGAUGAUGGGAGAGUCUUAACAGAAGGCAUCGAUGAGAAUGAAGAUGGGGAUGAGGACGAGGAAGAUGAAACAUAUUUAGUUGAGAAGGAGAAACAGUGUAAGAAAAAAUUUACGUGUGAUAUAUGUGGAAAAGUUUUGCAUUCGUAUCAGGCAUUAGGCGGUCAUCGAACGAGUCACAGGACCAAACGAUUGAAGAUUUGCGACAAGAAUGGUCAAGCCAUGGUUCGACACUACAAAUGUGAACUAUGUGGUAGAGUGUUUGAAUCCGGUCAAGCACUUGGUGGUCACAAGAAGGUUCAUUAUGCGUUUCUAUAACCAAGUAACUUGGUUCGGUUAAUGUUUGGUUAGUCGGCCUCAGCCGAGUAGCAUAGAAUGAAGGGUGGAAUUUGGGUGAUUGGUAGAUUUGGGUGAAGGAUAAUAAAUGUGUUCUCUAUAUUUUUGUGUGGU